AGAAGAGGAGAGGUUAGUUGCUCGCUGCGAGCCGCGUGGAGCAGACGUGAGUAGUGAGGCGCGCUGCGAGGCUGUGACUGGCGGCGUGACGGAGUGACGGCUGUGUUCCCGACCCUCGUGAUGAAGUGUUCUGCUGCCCAGUGAUACAAAGCAACACACUCACAGUUCUAACAUGGAUUCUAGAUCAGUUUCUCCGGACUCCGUGUCUCCCAGAGGCCAGCCCCACCAGGUGCCCCUGGCCCCGCUGCUUCCCGCCACCGCCGCCCCCGCCGCUGCCGCCUCGCCCAUAGAUCUCAGCUACUCCGUUGUCUCUAAACUCAGCCUGAGCGCCCCGCGGUCCACCACGCCCACCACGACUCUCAGCGGCGCCUCCGCCAACACAACACACAGUGACCCCACCUCAACGUGCACCACCACCUCCACCACCCACAGUGACUCCAGCACGACCCCGGACUCACGCCAGCACCAGCAGGCGUCGGGGGAAUGCCAGGACGCCAGCGGCAGCCCAGCCUCCUGCUGCGGCGAAGCCAAGACACACAACACGGAGGCAAUGGGAGGCAGACACACUUCCUUCUCCGUCAUGGACAUUCUUGACCCCAAUAAAUUUGUGGGACGCCUGCAGGUGACUUCCAGCGAGGUGACCUCCUCCAUAGACGACGCCAGCCUGCACCCAGACACGUCCGCUGCGUGUGAUUCAGACUCUGAGCUGAGCGUCGGCGGCGGCGGCGGCAGCGAUGAGGGAGGCGACGACUGUGGGGACGACAAAACUGACAAGGAUAUGGACGAGGUGGGUGGCGGAGCGGCCAAGAAGAGGCGGUGCGACGCGGGCGGCGGCAAGCCCCGGCGGGCGCGCACGGCCUUCACCUACGAGCAGCUGGUGUCGCUGGAGAACAAGUUCAAACACACUCGGUACCUGAGCGUGUGUGAGAGACUCAACCUGGCGCUGGCACUCAACCUGACCGAGACGCAGGUCAAGAUCUGGUUCCAGAACCGACGCACCAAGUGGAAGAAGCAGAACCCGGGUUGCGACGUGAACCAGCCCACGCAGCCCCCCAGCCCGCCCAGCAUGCUGAGCUACCCUGGGGGCAUGGGACCGCCGCUCCUGUGCCCCACACCCCUGGCAUAUCUGGGCGGCAAUGGCGGCCACGCCGGCGCCUCCAUCCCCGCCCACCUCACCGCCCUCUACCUCCACCACCUCAAGAACUGACAGGCCGCGCCCCAGCCCUGCACCCUGCGUGGAUCAGCUCCCUGCCCUUCCGCUGCGGCUCUCGGCCUGCACGCGCUCCGCCUGGGGCAACCGGCGUGCCGCGGGAUAACAGGCUGAGUUCGGCCGCCGCACCGCCUGGUCAAAUACCAAAGUGUAUGUCUGUCUGUAUAUUACGGUGUGUAAGUCGUGUUGGUGUUCUGCCGCGCCGCUCACUGGCGUCCCUAUUGUUAUAUAUUUAAAUAAAUUUUAUUUAACAUAUUUCAA